AUGAAAGGGUUCGCAGGAGCGUGUGUGUCAAUGUGCCGCAAUGACACCAGCUGUCCCGACAACAUGAAGUGCUGUAGUAAUGGGUGUGGCCACGUCUGUAUGAAACCCGUAGACACGUACAACCCGUGCAAGGAACAACGACGACCCCGACAAAGUGCCGCUUACCGCCAGUCAGAGGACGCUGCAAAGGAAGCUUCAGAUCCUGGUUUUACAACACACGAACCAACCGGUGUGAACGCUUUGUGUACGGUGGAUGCCGAGGAAACGCAAACAGGUUCAACACAGCGGCCAGAUGUUACAAAGAAUGUACGUAACCCAGCUGCUAACCCGUGUCAGAGGACGCCAUGUAGUGGGAGAUGUGCUAUAAAAACUGACAAAUUCUGUGACUAUGGCCAUUGUAAUCAGAAAGCUGUGUGUGACUCGAGCAGCGCGAAGUGCCAGGCGGCGCCAGCACCAGGCCCGUGUGAGGCGUUCUUCCCGUCCUGGUUCUACAACGCCACCUCCAGACGGUGCGAGAAGUUCGUGUUUGGGGGUUGCCUUGGAAACGAUAACCGGUUUCCAACGGCCACACGCUGCUACAAUCAGUGUAAUAAAACAGCAAGUCCGUGCACUGUAAGUAUGACGUGGGUCAAAUCAGAUGACGGGGCGAGACGGUUGUGUGCACGAUAUUGGGCGUCUGACUAGUUUGUUUGGAG